GCCAUGCUCCGAGCUUCCAGUGCAAUCUUUUAACAUCCUAUAGUCCCACUACCAGCAACCAGAUUCAACAUGCCACGCAAGGGACGCAAAGCUGCGAAAUUGUGGUCGCUCCACCCGAAGCUUCAUGACGACAUAGCACAGCUGUUAGACGAGGAAGGUCUUCAAAUAGACUUCUUUGACGCCGAUGAUGAGGAAACCAACAUUGAGGAACGGGACACGAACGUCAUGGGCCGAUUCAUCUGCCAAAACAAGGGAUGUAACUCCAGUGGUUGGUCGAGCAAAAAGAUAGCGAUUACAAUUCGCAUGUACUCCCAACAGCGAUACAAUGCGCGGGUGUAUCACCAGCGAUGCAGAAAUUGCAGAACCGUUGGUCGGCUCAUCCUAGAUAGCGGGUGCUAUGCGGAAAGAGUGACAUACUGGCUCAAAAAAUGGAAUGGAUUUGAGGUACGGCAGCCCGAUUAUUCUGGCCAGAGCAGAGGUCCGCACGAUAGUGAACUGUGUGAAGGGUGUAAAGUUGGUCAUUGUCCAAACUCGAAUGAGGAUUUAGCAUUGGUGCUGGCUAGAUUGUCGAUCUGAGCGAUGCGCUACCUGGUAUGCAAGGGCCAACCAUCCCGCCCGAGGAGGCACAGCUUUGAGACGGAGAUUUCAGGGUCGAAACUCUAAUAAGAUCGAUUAACAGUCUGGCGUUACUACUUGAUUUUUGGCUUUCUGGUGUAUGACUCUCAGUAUGAAAUCUAUUAGCACCGCUUAUUUAAGAGCAGCUGCUUAUAGUUAAAG